CACUAUCUACAAUAUACUGUCUGAUUAAAAACGCAACUAAAUACAAUAAAAGAAUUUAAAAACUGUAACUGUAAAUCCGGCAUGUAAGCGAACAGCUACAGAGUGAGGUCCUGACGGACACAGGAAAAGAAGAUGACGGUUCAUAAUCUGUACAUAUUUGACCGGAAUGGAAGCUGCUUGUUUUAUAAUGAGUGGAACCGGAAGAAGCAGGCGGGGAUCUCUAAGGAUGAGGAGUUCAAGCUGAUGUACGGGAUGCUGUUCUCCAUUAGGUCUUUUGUCAGCAAGAUGUCUCCACAGGACAUGAAGGACGGCUUCCUGUCCUUCCAGACCAGUAAGUACCGCCUCCAUUACUACGAGACGGCCAGCGGCCUGAAGUUCGUCAUGAACACGGACCUGUCAGUGAGCAACGCCAGGGACACGCUGCAGCACAUCUACAGCAACCUCUAUGUGGACCUGGUGGUGAAGAACCCUCUGGUUCCAUCCGGCCAGCCUCUGGACAGCGACCUGUUCGGAACCAGACUGGACUCCUUCAUCCGCUCCCUGCCGUACUACAGCCCGCGGGCCGCCUGACCGGUUCUGGUUCUGACCCGUACUACAGCCGCCUGACCGGUUCUGGUUCAGACCCGACUCCUGACCCACUUCUCUCUGUCCUUCAGAACCAGAAUCGCUCCAUGGACAGAACAGUCUGCAUUUGGACCAGAAUACUGGAUGGAGCAGAACCGGGUCAGCAGAACCGGGUCGGGCUUGCUGUAUUUAUUGGGUUGUUCUGUGUUUAAUAAAGAGAUGUUGGACCGGU